UUUCACAGCCUCCACAAGCAUCUCAAAAUCUUGAUGACCAUUUUCUCAUGGUAUCUUCUCUCCCUAGAACGUCCACAGAAGACCAGAAUGUAGAAGACAGGCCUGGCUUUGUGUCUCUACUCAUGCACUUCAAAAGACAUAAGCUGGAGAUUUCAAGUGCAAUAAAAAAAACAUUUCCUUUCCUUGAGGGCCUCCGUGACCAAGAGUUCAUCACCCAAAAAAUGUAUGAAGAUUGUGAAAAUUCUUGUAGAAACCUGGUCCCUGUACAUAACGUGGUGUACAAUGUGCUCUGUGAACUGGAGAAGACUUUUGACCUACCACUUCUGGGAGCGUUAUUCAGCAAGGUCAACAUGCAGGAAUACCCUGAUUUAAGGGACAUUUAUGAAAGCUUCAAAAAUGUGAAUUCAAACAAAAACUUUGCCCUAGAAAAUAAUGGAGAAAGGAUGGAGGAGAAGCCUCAUAUCCAACUAAGCCUUGAACAAGGAAUUGGUGAAAACUCUCAUCGAACCCUGACCUGGUCCUGCACAGAAUCCUCCUCUUACCAUGGGAUCAACAAUGAUGACUUUUCAGAAUUGAGUAACGGAGAAGAGCCUCUGGAAACUUCUAGUUCAGUCCUAAGAAGUGAGUCAGGUGUACCAAGAGGCCAAGAGGCAAAGACCGAAAAUAUUCAAGCAUCUGACAUGAUGGGUGCUGUGAAUCUUGGAAACAACUCUACUUUAGGAAGAUCCACGAGGAAAAGAAGGUUAAGAAUGGACAUAGAUGAAAGUGUGGAUUUUCACUCUGAAAUACUUCCUGUGACCUGUGGUCCAGUGAAGGGGAUGUUACAUAAGAGAAAAUUGAAACGAGGAACCUCGGUGAAGUGUAUACAGCGUGAUGGUGGAAACUGGGUCACUCUCAAGGAAUUUGAAGUCAGUGGAGGCCACGAAAAAUCAAAUAACUGGAAGCUGAGUGUGCGCUGUGGUGGGAAAACCCUACAUCAGCUGAUUGAGGAAGGGUCUCUGUCUAAACCUCCAAGAGUGUAUGGCAGGAAAAAAAAGCUGGGAGACACAGACAAAUGUAAGGUGUGCUUGGAUGAAGGAAAGCUGUUCUGCUGCCGUGUUUGUUUGAAAUUCUUUCAUGACGACUGUCAUAUCCCACCUAUGGAAACUGAAAGGUGCCUGUGGACUUGCACCUUCUGCAGGAUGAAGGAGACUUCAGGAAGCCAGCACUGUCACAGGGAAUCUGAGGUCCUGGCAAGGCGGAUGGGGCCUAAGGAGCAAUUGAAAUGUGAGUUCCUCCUCUUGAAGGUCUAUUGCCAUGUAGAGAGGUCCUUUUUCGCAGAGAGGACAAAUACAUAUGAUGAACUCACGUGCUUGGACAAAAUCAAGAAGAGGCUAAAUGAGCAGAGUUACCGCCAAAUGGAAGCGUUUGUGCAGGACAUGCGCCUCAUCUUUCAGAACUACAGGGCAACUUACAAGGACGAAUUUGAGAAGAAUUUCAAGGAAGUGUUUGCUAUUCGGGAAACAAAUGAGAACAGUUCACUGGUGUAGUGGAUGCUGGUGGUACCUUGGAAAGCCCCCUUGUGGGCAGGCUUCUCAUCCCCUAGCUGCUGUGAGGGUUGCCUGCGGAUGCCACCCCUCCCCAGAAUAUUGCCUUCUGCCAAAUGAAAUGGAUCCAGCUUCAUCUACACAUUACUCCUCCUUUGCCUGGAGCCAGCCCCAGCCCCAAGGUGGAACCAACCUAUUACACCAAUGUGGUGUGAUUCAUGCUCCUGUGCUCCCCCAUGGGAUCAGGCUGGAGCUAGUCUCCAGCUGUGACUGCAUCCUUGCUUAGCUUUUCCCAUCACACUACCUUGCUUCCUCUACUUCUCCUGAGAGAACUCUCAUAAUAAAUCACUUACUUAAGAGACUUUA